AUGGCUGAUAAGCUUUCAGUGUGUGAUAGGGAGAUUGCGUACGUGACUGAUAAGCGUUCAGUGUGUGUUAGGGAGAUGGUGUAUGUGUCUGAUAAGCUUUCAGUCUGUGUAAGGGAGAUUGUGUAUGUGACUGAUAAGCUUUCAGUGUGUGUUAGGGAGAUUGUGUACGUGACUGAUAAGCUUUCAGUGUGUGUAAGGGAGAGGGUGCAUGUGGCUGAUAAGCUUUCAGUGUGUGUAAGGGAGAUGGUGUACGUGGCUGAUGAGCUUACAGUGUGGGUUAGAGAGAUGGUGUACGUGGCUGAUGAGCUUUCAGUGUGGGUUACGGAGAUGGUGUACGUGGCUGAUAAGCUUUCAGUUGUGUACUUUCAGUCCCAGGAGUUAGCCAUCUUGGAGCAGGGCCUCAAUCUUGGAGAGGCACCAAAGCCAUACCUGUGA